CCUCCCGGCUCCUCGGCGGCGCAGAGCAGCGGCAGCAGCGGCGGCGGCGGCAGCAGCCACCCGAUGUCUUCGGCGCCCGAGAAGCAGCAGCCCCCGCUCGGCGGCGGCGGCGGGGGAGGCGGCGCGGCCAUGGACCCCGCGUCGUCCGGCCCGUCCAAGGCCAAGAAGACGAACGCCGGCAUCCGACGCCCGGAGAAGCCGCCCUACUCGUACAUCGCGCUCAUCGUCAUGGCCAUCCAGAGCUCGCCCACCAAGCGCCUGACGCUCAGCGAGAUCUACCAGUUCCUGCAGGCGCGCUUCCCCUUCUUCCGCGGCUCCUACCAGGGCUGGAAGAACUCGGUGCGCCACAACCUCUCGCUCAACGAGUGCUUCAUCAAGCUGCCCAAGGGGCUCGGGCGGCCCGGCAAGGGCCACUACUGGACCAUCGACCCGGCCAGCGAGUUCAUGUUCGAGGAGGGCUCGUUCCGGCGGCGGCCGCGCGGGUUCCGAAGGAAGUGCCAGGCGCUCAAGCCCAUGUACAGCAUGAUGAACGGGCUGGGCUUCAACCACCUCCCGGACACCUACAGCUUCCAGGGCUCGGCCGGCGGCCUCUCGUGCCCACCCAACAGCCUGGCACUGGAGGGCGGCCUGGGCAUGAUGAACGGCCACUUGCCGGGCAACGUGGACGGCAUGGCCCUGCCCAGCCACUCCGUGCCUCACCUGCCCUCCAACGGCGGCCACUCGUACAUGGGCAGCUGCGGCGGCGCUGCGGCUGGCGAGUACCCGCACCACGACGGCUCCGUGCCGGCCUCCCCGCUGCUGCCUGCCGCCGCCGGCGGGGUUAUGGAGCCGCACGCCGUCUACUCCGGGUCGGCCGCUGCCUGGCCGCCCUCCGCCUCCGCAGCCCUCAACAGCGGCGCCUCUUAUAUCAAGCAGCAGCCUCUAUCUCCCUGUCCGCCCGCAGCCAACCCCCUGUCUGGCAGCCUCUCCACGCACUCCCUGGACCAGCCCUACCUGCACCAGAACAGCCACAAUGCCCCAGCGGAGCUCCAAGGCAUUCCACGGUAUCACUCGCAGUCGCCCAGCAUGUGUGACCGAAAGGAAUUUGUCUUCUCCUUCAACGCCAUGGCGUCCUCGUCCAUGCACUCGGCCGGCGGGGGCUCCUACUACCACCAGCAGGUCACCUACCAGGACAUCAAGCCCUGCGUGAUGUGAGGACGGGCCGUGGGGCCCUCCCGGCACUGGCCGGCCGGCCCAGGGACUCGGAGCCCAGGCCAGAAACUGCUUUAUUCUCGAGGUAUAAUCUCCAGCAGAAGAAAAGGGGUCGGCCCCUCCUCAGCCGGAUUGUUUGGAAAGAACUCCCCAGGGCAAAGACUGAGCGCCCCGGCGGCGAUAGCAGCUCCUUCCCCUUCCCUCGCAGAUUAAGCGGUGGUGGUGGGGCCGAUGGCCCCGCAGCGGUGGGGAGGAGGUCUGCGUUCCCCUGUUGAGGCCGGCUCGGUCGCCCGCCAGGGCGAGGGUGGGGACAGCCUGCCACCUCCAAACCAGAGCUCUGCUGAGAGCCCUCCCGCACCCGUGGCAGAGUGGAGGGAGGUUUUGACCCGGAAGGCGAACCAGCGAGACCAAUCAUUAUCAAAUACUUCUAUUUUGUGGUUGAGUAUUUAUCUUUUUAUUUUUAACUUUUUUGAAAGAAUGUCUUGGAAUGCACAAGCCUCCCUGUAGAGCCGUCUUUUGCGAGGAGGGGAAGGGACCAGGCCCGGCGCUUUCCCUCCGCGCCUCCUCCGCAAGCCAGGUGGAUCUUUGCGCGUAGAACCUGCGUUUCGUUUCGAAGCCACUGUUCCUCUUGAGAAGAAAAGAGAAGGAGCCAAGAAGCCCGCAAGCGCGGGGUCCAGGCCGCUGCCGUCCCUGCCACCUUCCUCUCCUCUCACUCCGCUUUGACUUUCAGUUUUACCUUCUUGGUGGGUGUUUUUCUCUCUCCCAACCUCUACUGUAAACUUUCUGGUCCGAGGAGGCAGGGCCGGGAGCCCCGGGACCUGGAACUCAGCAUUGCGGUGACGCAGAAAGGUUAAGGCACUUUUAAGACUCUAGCAAGGCUCUUCCUGGUAUUUAUUCCCCUUUCUUUCCCUAAUAAUCAAAACACCGCACAGGCUCCUCCGUUUAUCAGUAUUAAUGGUGUAACUUUGUUGGCAAUAUUUGCCGUGUAGAGUUUUUUUUUUCGAUAUCCAUUGUAAAUUUGAAACAAAGACCGAACCAUGUAAAAACAAAUUUCCAUAUGUUUUAUAUAAAUAUAUAUAUAUAUAAUAUGAAGGACUUACCCCCCUUUUUUUAGUAUUUUGGCUGUUGGGGUGCAGCAUUUGUGACACGUAUUUUCAGUUUCCUUCUGCACUGUAUAAAAUGACAAUUUGAGGAUGUUUUGCCUUUUGUGUAUUUUUUCCUAAGAAAAGAAGAAAAAUAAAAAUGUGUAACAUUUGUA